AUAAGUCAGUUUAAGAUUAUAUUUUUAACGCAACAGACGUAGAGUUUUUGGUGUCAUGUGUAUUGAAUAAAAAUACAAAUUAAUUAGUUUAUAAAUUAAUUAUACAAUUUUAUUUAAACGUGAAACAAAAACAUUAUGAUUUUAUUUUCAUGUAUUGUAUUGUUGAUGGUGUUGUUUUGCAAUCAAAUUUUGUUGGUAAAUUCUGAAAAUGAUGACAUUGCUUACGAAGCAAUACAAGAACUUGGUAUUAUAAAUUACAAUCUGAAUAGACUAUACGCGGAAGAGGAGCCCAGGCAAGCUUCAACAUCCUCAGGACCCUUAGGACAACUAGCAAGUCGAAUACCAUGCUCAUGUGACAAAGGAGUUUGCAAGUGUUGCACAUCAUUACUAUCAUUAGUUGGUCUGAACGGAUGUAUGGAAGUCGUCUACAAGCCGGAAGACUUCGCAUUUGAUCUUCGUAUGAAACUAAAUAAUCGUACUUUAUUUCAGCGAAGUGUAUCGGGAAAAAACCCACCUCCCUUUUGUUUUCGACCACCAAGAUUUGGUUUUGUAAGAGCGUGUGUUAAGUUUUACGAUGUCUACUUCUUUGGUCGUAACAUGCACGUUUGCAUGGACUUGUCUGGGUAUUUCCAAGGAUACGAGCUUUUUGAAAGGUCUUAUGAUUGUCUUCAGCUGGGAAUGAAGGGAGUUAAAAUAGUAAAGCCAGAAGAAGGUUACCCACUAAGGCCAACUGAUGUUGAAAUCGAUCAAGGCGAUGAUGAUAUAGAGGAUUAUGAUGAAAACGUUGUUAGAAAUAUUUAAAUUAUAGAAAUGCCAUAGAGUUUGCAGAUAUAGUGAUUUUAAAUUAAAUUAGAAUAAGUAAAUUUAGCAUUUUUUUUGCAUUUUUGUUUUUAUUUUCAUCUUUUCCAAAGUCAUUUUUUUUAGAACGUGCACUCCAGAAAUCAAAAGUUUAUGCCCUACGUAGAAAUUACUGCAUCCAAGGUCGUAUUCCGAAUUUUAUUUUUUUUUGUUAGUAAACUACUCGUAUUUUAGUUAUUCCAAAUAUAAAAACGGUUCAUUUUUUAAACUAUGUUUACCAAAUAAUUUUCAAAAAAAAAUAUAAAUUACAUUAGUUUUCAAGUUCAUUAAAUGUUUUAAUAUUUUGAUUACCUUA